ACAGUCGGAGAACUGUACUGCUCUGCGGAAUUUACUGGAGAGGUACAUGGCGGGUUCAUUUUUCUCUCUGUCAUUAACAUCUUUUUGUCAAUUACAGCAUUUUGGGGGAAUACUCUAAUCCUAGUUGCCCUUCACAAGGACACAUCAAUUCAUCCGCCAUCCAAACUCUUGUAUUGUAACCUUGCGAUAACCGAUCUCUGUGUUGGUGUCAUUGCGAAGCCUCUACGCGCUGCAUAUUGCACUUCGUUGGUAACAUUGACUGCAAUAAACGUGGACAGACUUCUCGCUUUGCUACUAGGUCUCAGAUACAGACAAGUUGUAACUUUGAAAAGGACAUGUUUAAUCGCUAUUGGUGGUUGGAUUGCGUCUAUUGUCGGUGUAUCUAUCUCCUUUCUGAAUCUUCUUAUAGUUUCAUUGUACGAUUAUAUCCCUACAGCUUUUUGUUUAGUUACUACAAUCUGCAAAAUUUUCAUGUCUCUGCGUCAUAACCAAAUUCAUGGUCAGAACCAUGUUGUUCAAGACAAUCGAGCCAAGCAAAUACACUGAAUAAAGCCUGAUACAGAAAGGCCGUGUACAGUGCACUGUGCGUGCAGGUAACAUUGGUUAUUUGUUAUCUGCCGCACGUUAUAGCUGUAGCUUUAACACCUCAAAGGGGAAUGCCUUUUUCUACUUACCUUGCUAGGGGAUUUACAGCUACUUCAGUGUAUUUAAACUCGUCGUUAAAUCCAUUGCUGUACUGCUGGAAGAUCACAGAAGUGAAACAAGCUGUAAAAGAAACAUUACAACAACUACACUUCUGUAUCAACUAA